GCAUUUGGGAAACCAUGCCAGUUCCCGUUUAAAUUUGAUGGCAAGUGGUAUGCCGAAUGCGUUGUGGAGGGCAGAGGAGAUGCUCAGCUAUGGUGUUCCACAGAAACAGACUACGACACAGAGAGAAAGUGGGGCUUCUGCCCAACUAAAAUCGCCGUAGGUUGGGACAGUGAUCCAGUGGCUGGUGUAUUAUAUCAAAGGAACAUGCAGUCGGCACUGACUUGGCAUCAGGCACGAACAAGCUGCCAGCAACAAGAUGCUGAUCUUCUCAGCAUUUCAGAGCUGCAUGAGCAGGCUUAUAUGUCAGGCUUGACAAAUGUCUUUGGCUCUACACUAUGGACUGGGCUUAACAGUCUUGACUUUGAAAGUGGCUGGCAGUGGAGUAAUGGAAACCCAUUCAGAUAUCUAAACUGGGCUCCUGGUCACCCUUCCCUGGAACCAGGCCUGAACUGUGCAGCAUUAAAUGCUGGUAAAGCAUCAAAGUGGGAGAGUAUAUCCUGCAGUAAGAAAUUAGGUUACAUCUGUCGCAAAGGCAAUUCUACAGAUAACACACCUCCUCCAGGUAAAGAUCAGCCUAACUUCUGUCCUGUUGCAUGGGUUCCAUAUGCUGGUCAUUGCUAUUAUCUGCAGCGGACCAAGAUGAUGUGGAGUGAUGCGUUAGCAGCAUGUCACAGGGAAGGAGCAGACUUGGCCAGUAUACACAACAUAGAGGAGCACAGUUUCAUUAUAUCACAGAGUGGGUACUUGCCUACUGAUGAACUCUGGAUUGGACUUAAUGAUCAGAGGACUCAGAACCUGUUUGAGUGGUCAGACAGAACACAUGUCACCUUCACCAAGUGGCUUGCUGGAGAACCUUCACACAUCAUAAAUCGCAUGGAGGAUUGUGUUCUCAUCAAAGGAAAGGAAGGUAGAUGGGCAGACCAUAUGUGUGAGAUGGAGCGUGGCUAUAUUUGCAAAAGGAAAUCAUCUAGCAAGCCUAAUGGCACCCCAGAGAUUGUCAGUCCUGGAUGCCAAGCUGGUUGGGUUAGGUACAGCUCUUACUGUUAUAAUAUUGCCAUGGAAAGCAAGUCUUUUAAUGAGGCCAAACUGAAAUGUGAGCAGACAGGAGCUCGUUUGGUUGAUGUUGCCAACAGGUAUGAGAAUGCUUUUCUCAUUAGCUUGGUCGGUCUUAGGCCUGAGAAGUAUUUCUGGAUUGGCCUAACUAAUACUGAACGACUUGAGCAUUUCCAGUGGAGUAAUGGUGAUAAAGUCAAAUUUACACACUUUAAUGUUGGCAUGCCAGAAAGACACAGAGGUUGUGUUGCCAUGUUAACAGGAACUUCAGCAGGAUUAUGGGAUGUACUGGACUGUAACAGUAAACAGAAAUACAUCUGUAAAAAAAUGGCAGAGGGUGUUACUACCACUCAAGUGCCCCCAACAACACAGCCUCUCAGCUGUCCAGCUGAGUGGACUAAAAAAGAUCCAGGCAAUUGCAUUCAGCUCCACGCCAUACAACCGGGCCCAGGCUCCUUUGCAAGACUUAAGGGCUUUCUACUCCCCCUUGUUUUGGGAAUGGACUUUAUGCUGAGAGCUUCAGUAACAAUUCAUGUUCCGUCCAGAACUGUGGUGCUUGAUGAGGAACCUAUGCUCAUAGAGGAGCUAGAGGGUGUGGAUCUGGCAGUACCUGACCACAGUGUGGCAUUUUGGGGGUUGAAUCUUCCGCUUUAG